AUGGCAAACGGCAAUGCUCAGGUUAUUAUUCUGAAGCUCACUAAAAGCAACUACGACAACUGGUGUAUUCAAAUGAGAGCACUAUUAGGUGCUCAGGAUGUUAUGGACAUCGCCGAGGAUGGCUAUUCCGAACCAGUCUCCAAAGAAGCAGAAGUUGCUUUGGAAGAAGCACAAAAGGUACUCCUCAGAUCCGAUCGAAAAAAAGAUUGCAAAGCAAAGUCCAUCAUAUACCAAGGACUUGAUGAAUCCACGUUUGAGAUCAUAGCAUCUGUCAAGACGUCCAAAGAAGUCUGGGAGACUCUCUACAAAACACACAAAGGCGCUGAUAAAGUAAAGAAGAUUCGUCUCCAAUCUCUUCGAGGUGAAUUCGAAUCUUUGAAAAUGAAUCUCCCAGAAACUAUUGCUGAUUAUUAUACACGAGUCAUGAUAAUUGCAAACCAGCUUAGAAGGAAUGGCGAGACUCUCACUGACACGAGAAUCUCAGAGAAAAUUUUACGAUCUUUAGAUCUAAAAUUUGACUAUAUUGUCGUGGCCAUAGAAGAGACAAAAGAUUUAGAGACUAUGUCCGUGGAAGAACUUGUGGGCUCGUUGCAAGUCCAUGAAUAG